AUGGCGAAGAUGCGGCCCAGAGCCUGCGGCGUCUUCGUCACUGGGUGUGCCAGCGAAGCCCGCCGCCCAGCUACGCCUCACACGCCCGGAAGGGCAGUUCGGCCGCGGCCCGUGAAGUCUGCGAGUCUUGCGAACAGGCGAGCACGGGCUGAAAUCGAGAGAAGCGCGGCUUCCAAGGUCUUUGCCCAGUGGCAGCCGGCUGAGACAUCCAAGGCCGGAUGCGAGGAGGGGGAGGAAGCAGAGGACGAAGACGUGGAGCACGCGUUGGAUUGGCAGCGGGAGCCGAAGCAAGCCGAAGUGAUGGAUUGGAAGAUGCCGAACCCAACCGGCUGCGAGCUCUCGGGCCGGAGUUGGCAGGACAGACCCAUCCCGGAUGACAUGGAGGCCUUCAGCUCCUGGCAAAGCAAGCGCCUCACCGCCCCAGCGGAGAACGCGAAUUCGGCCAAGGAGCAUUUCUUGUACAAGGGCCAAGGCAAAGCUGGGCCAGGGCACUGCUUUGCAGGACGCAGAGCUGGUUUCGACCUUCAAGCAGGCGCCUGCUCCGAGAUGAUGCGAUGCGUGGAGAGCUACGAGGGGUCCGACUUGUCAGCGAAGGAGGAGAUCCUCUACAAAACGUUUACGAAGGGUUUGCUGAACGAAGCCGCGAACUGGGAGUUUCAGAGCUUCGAGGACAUGCAGAGUGCUCUUGAGCCAGUCGUGCUAAGCGAACCCUUGCGAAAGUACGACAUCAACGAGUGCGAGCGCAUGAUGCGCGUGAACGAGAAGGAGAACGAGUGGCUGGACGCGCAGCGGAAGAAGGCCGAUGAUCUCGUGGAGGUUCGCGUGCGGCUGGUGACGCGAUCUACUGCGAGCAUGGCCGACUCGGUCGCCAAGGUCAAGAAGGUCUUGAUGUCGCUCGUGCAGGAGAUCGCCGAAGGCAUGCGCCAGCACAACAACCUGGUGAAAGAGCAUGAGGCUACGGAAGCCGAGCUCUAUGAGCUGGACCGGAAGCAGAAGCUCAUGCUUCACUCCGUUACGCUGUUGGAGGAGCGCAGGCGAGACGCCACAGAAAGAUACGCAAGGGAGCUUGAGGGCCUCAAGACCGAGUAUGUCAUACUGAAGAGGGGCGUGGAGUCUGCGUACCUUGCUUUUGUGCAGGACAGAAACAGGUGCAUUCAGGUCUGGAAGAAGCUGCGAACCUUGGUGAAGUCCCAGAUGUUGGAACAGAUGUCGGUCAUGGGCGAAGCACACGCUGUUCGCCUCCGACGGCAGGGUGAGGUUCACAGACGCCAAGGGGUCACCAGGCUCGCCACGCUGGAGAAGGACAUCCAGCACCUGCGACGGCGCUUGCGUGCACGGCAGCAGGACCUCGAGGAGGCGCAGGCGUGCCUGGAGGCUGCAGAUCCGCCAGCUGGAGGGCCGCAUUGGUCUUGUCAACCUCGGACGACAGAUCAACUUGCCAUCUGGGAGACGGAGCGUGGGCUGAACACAAAGGCUGACCGACGACUACGACUUCUCCCAACGAUCUUGACCUUUGUGUUAUUGGGCCAUCGGCAUGCGAUCCUUUCGAAUUGGCCAAGAGUGGACUAUGAGAGCUUCGACACCUUCACCUGGAUGUACCUGGAGUACUUCCCGGACAUGCCGCGUGCACGCAGCUUCGUGGGCACGACUUCGUUGCAGCGUGACGAGCCCGCCGCGAAGUUGGCUGGUUUCUGCACGUACGCCAAGCUGCUUCCUUUCGCGCGGUUCGCGAUUCCAAUCCUAGACUCCAAGCUUAAAGUUCUUCGCUCAGCUUUGUUCCGCGUUGCAGCUGUUGAACCGGACGCCGUGGAAGCAGUGUGUGGAGGGAAGGGGCCAUUGCUCCUCGUGUGGGUCAUGCUGCCAAAGUUCGAGCAGUAUGUGCAGCAGCCGAAGAAGGCUGCAUCUCCGCCAGAUCCAGCACAGGCUCAGCGCGCUAAUGCGGCCAUAUUCACUGCCGGAGGAGAGAUGUCCAAGUGGCAACUGGGAGACUCUGGUGUGUUCUCCCUCACCGGGUGUCACAUCGGUGCUUGCAACAAGUCUUUGCACCCUCGCAGCGUGGGAAGACAUCCACACGCACGACUCGAGAAGUCUCCGAGCCUCGCGACUAGGAACAAGCGAGCUCGCGCUGAGAUAGAGAAGAGCGCGGUCUUCGCGCAGUGGCGACCGGCUGAAAUACCCCAGGAGGAAGAGGCCGUCCCGACCAGCAGCGCCCCUCUCGCACUGCAGGCGGCGCAGGAUGGGGAGGAGGAGUCUGACGAGGAAGACAACAUGGAGCGCCUGUUGGACUGGCGCCGCGAACCCACCGAAAAAGAUUUGCCUCAGGGCAAGAUGACCGUGACCAGCUCUCGUGAGAUCUCUGCUCGCAUGCGCUGGCAGGUGGCCUUCGCCAAGGUCAGAGAGAAGACCGGUGUCGCGCGUCGGAACCAGCACCGCAUCGCCCUCACGAACAAGGUCAAGGAGUACCUGAUGUACACCAACAGUCGAAGCUCAUGCGCCAAGUUGAUGCGAACCCUGGACGGCUAUGACAGGUCCAACUUCACAGAGAGGGAGGAGAUCACCUACGAAAAGUUUACGGAGGGCUUGUUGGAUGAAGCUGAGAGCUGGGUGUCUAAGAACUUCGAGGACAUGCAGAGUGCCCUGGAGCCCGUCGUGCUAAGCGAGCCUUCGCGAAAAUACGACAUGAACGAGUUUGAGCGCAUGAUGCGCAUGAACGAACAUGAGAACCAGUGGCUGGACGCGCAGCGGAAGAAGACCGAUGACCUCAUGGAGGUGCACUUGCGGCUGGUGACGCGAUCUACUGCGAGCAUGGCCGACUCGGUCGAAAAGGUCAAGAAGGUCCUGACCUCGCUCGUCCAGGAGAUCGCCGAAGGCAUGCACCGGCACAACAACUUGGUGAAAGAGCACGAGGCCACGGAGGCCGAGCUCUUUGAGCUGGCCCGCAAGCAAAAGCUCAUGCUCACCUCUAUUGCCGAGUUCGAGGAGCGCAAGCGAGAAGCCACCGAAAGGUACGCGCGGGAGCUUGAGAGUCUCAAGACGGAGUGUCUGGGCUAUAUCUAUAAACGCUUUUUUUGGUUCAAAUGA